AGCACAAUGUCCACAACCCCUGCCAGCAAUGGGGUGUUUGUCGUCAUCCCGCCCAGCAACGCCAGCGGCCUCCGCCCAUCUCCAGCCAUUCUGCCUACCUCCAUGUGCCAGCCUCCAGGGAUCAUGCAGUUUGAGGAGCCACCACUGGGGGCGCAGACACCAAGGGCCACUCAGCCCUCUGACCUGCGGCCCAUGGAGACAUUCCUGACAGGAGAGCCCAAAGCUUUAGGGACGGUGCAGAUUCUCAUUGGCCUCAUCCACCUGGGCUUCGGCAGCGUGCUGCUCAUGGUCCGCCGUGGCCAUGUAGCCAUGCUCUUCAUUGAAGGCGGUGUCCCCUUCUGGGGAGGAGCCUGUUUCAUCAUUUCGGGGUCCCUCUCUGUUGCUGCAGAGAAGAAUCACACCAGCUGUCUGGUGAGGAGCAGCCUGGGCGCCAAUCUCCUCAGUGCCGUGGCAGCCUUUGCUGGGACAGCCAUUCUGCUCAUGGAUUUUGGGGUUACUAACUGGGAUGUGGGCAGAGGCUAUCUGGCUGUGUUGACUAUCUUCACCAUCCUGGAAUUCUUCAUCGCAGUGAUUGCCACCCACUUUGGGUGCCAAGCUACCCGUGCCCAAGUCAACACCCCCGUGAUUUUUCUGCCAAACGCCUUCAGCACAGACUUCAACAUCCCCAGUCCGGCAGCCUCUCCACCCCCCGCCUAUGACAAUGUGGCAUACAUGCCCAAGGAGUCCUCUGAGUAG